CUCUCCCUCCGAACCGCAGCGGGUGUUUUUAUUUGGUUUGGGGGAUUUUCUCGUGCAGUCGGUUGAAUGUUACAGAUGUUUGUGAGAGGCAGCAGGGACCAGAUGUUACCGAGGCAGGGACACGGCGGACGGCGGCUGACAGGCUGCUUCACAUUGGAUCAGAGCUUUAGAGAGGGAAACACUGAUGCUGAGCUGAUUCACCAGGAUGCCGACAGUGACGGGAAAAGAGGACAACAGCUCUAUCUGAAUCAGAUUCCCUGCUCUGCCUCUUACUUACAGAACUCCUCACAGCACAAACCUGAGUACUGUACAGCUGCUGUUUCCUGCCCCGCCUCCCUCAUCCCGCCCCCUACACUUCGACCUGGCUUUACACUCUCAGUUUCUGAGGAAGGGAAGUUCAGUAGCAGCCCCAGGGCUUUGGUCCUGUCAAACCCUGACCCCUGACACACUGUCCCCCCUCACAUCACCCCUUCCCUCCCUUCUCCUCUCCCUGCCAUGUCCAACGACAGCAGCCUCCUCAGCGUCUGGGAGCCCUCCAAUUGGGCAGACACCUCUCAGUGCCCGCCGUCGGUAGGCGGGGCGACUUUCCUGAUCGUAGCGUACAGCGCCGUCAUAGCAAUCGGGUUGCUAGGCAACGCAGGCCUGGUAUUCAUCAUCGCCCGGCAACAGGAGUUGCGCAACGUCACCAACAUCCUGAUCGCCAACCUGUCGUGCUCUGACAUCCUCAUGUGUGUGGUUUGUCUUCCUGUUACCGUCAUAUACACCCUGAUGGACCGCUGGGUGCUGGGAGAGGCCCUGUGUAAGGUGACCCCCUUUGUUCAGUGCAUGUCAGUGACGGUUUCUGUCUUCUCUUUGGUCCUGAUCGCUCUGGAGCGCCACCAGCUGAUCCUCCAUCCCACCGGCUGGUCCCCCGCGGCCGGUCACUCCUACCUGGCUGUAGGGCUUACGUGGCUGGUCGCUUGCUUCAUCUCUCUGCCCUUCCUCUCCUUCAACAUCCUCACUAAUGACCCCUUUCAGAACAUCAGCCUGCCCGCCAACCCUUUCAGGGACCAUUUGAUCUGUAUGGAGCUGUGGCCGUCAGAUAAGCAUCGUCUUGCCUACACAACCUCGCUGCUGCUCUUCCAGUACUGCCUGCCACUCCUACUGGUGCUCCUCUGCUACCUCAGGAUCUUCCUACGCCUGAGACGACGCAGGGACAUGCUGGAGCGCAGCAGGAGGACUCGGGGAGCCCAGAGGAUUAACGUUAUGCUGUUAGCCAUUGUUGUAGCCUUCGCUCUGUGCUGGCUGCCGCUGAAUGUCUUCAACACACUGUUCGACUGGCACCACCAGGCCCUGCCCGACUGCCAGCACGACGCCAUCUUCUCCGCCUGCCACCUAACGGCGAUGGCCUCCACCUGCAUUAACCCUGUGGUGUAUGGCUUCCUCAACAGCAACUUCCAGAGGGAGCUGAAGUUGACGCUGCAGCGCUGCCAGUGCGGUAGCCGGGCGGCGGAGAGCUACGAGAGCUUCCCUCUCUCCACCGUGGGCAGCGAGGGCAUGACAAAAGCCACCUCCCUCAACAGGAUGGGAUCCGUGUGCGUUCCCUCGCCCCGACCUGAGAUCAGCUCAGCAAUACCAGCGAAAACAAUACCAGCUAACACCUUAUCAUGAGCACUACCAAACUCCUGGCUGGCAAAUGGCAGCUGGAGCAAUGUGUAACAGACAGACCUCUGAGCAAGUCUGCUUCAACUGUACUUCACUUCCAUAACUCUCCUGCUGGAGUGAGACGCCGUGUUUCACUCGAGCUGACUGUUCAGGGUCAGGACAGGAUGAGGCAGGAGGUCCGGAAGCUGUAGCUUCACGUCUGGAAGUAAAAUGGGCUCUGUUGAGGGACACGGACAGAAAGCAGAAGAGCUUGUAAACCCCCCCCAACUUCCAGAGUCACUGUUGCUAUGGCUGUCGACCUUUGCAUUUUACAAAUGACGACAGAUUUACAGAAAUUCUUAGUAAGUUUUGAAUCAAUGGAUCCAUGAUUUCAGACAUUACUACAGAAAAGCAGCUUCUUAUUUUUAGCCGGCAGCCAUCGAUUUUGAUAAAAACUGUGUCGAUAAAGUAUUAUACAGAAAAGAAUAGUGUUAUUAUUAAACAGCUUCUAACAGCUUAAAGCCUAAACUCUGAUAUAAUAUGGCUCUGACGCGGUGGGUGUCUGCAACCCAACAUAAUGUAGUUAGGUAAUUCUUGUUUUGCUUUGCCUCGGAGAUAAUUAGGUUACCAUGGCGAAUAGUAAGCUAGUUAACCAGACAUGCUAACGUUUGCAGCUUACAUUAAAGCAGAUAAACACACUGUUUAAUGAAUUCCUUACAUUUUUGCUUCUGUAAUUUUGGUUUUUGGAAAAACAGUCCAAUCUCUUCAGACAUAGAGCCGUAUAUAGUUACGAACCAGUUGCUAUUUCUGGAAAAUUGCAAUUCGGUGAUGGGAUAAAGCAAGAGGUCAACUGUGAGCAGCAACUGACAAAAAUAUGUAAAAUGUAGGAGUGAGACGACAAUGAACUCUCUAACAUUAUCAUAAGGAAAGAACUUAUGAACCUGAAUGUUGUCAACUGUUGGCUGACAUACGUGUGUUUUCUAUGUAACUUUGCAAAGUGUAAAUGAUAUAUCAUUAUGAUAGUGAACACUGUUGAUAAGCAUGCCUUAGUGAGCAUUUUAAAAGUGUGGUGGAGAUUAUCAGUGCUUGACUUAGAUACAGUGGAAGUAAAUGAGGCUGCUUAACAUUAGUGUAUUAUAUAACUCAUUUACUGUGAAGGUUUUCAUUACAAACUGAACAAGUGAUGGGCUUGCUAUAAUAAGCAUUUAGAAACUUGAACGGAUUUUCACAGGUUAUAAAUACAGUAAAGUCUACGAGAGAUGUAGUUGUUAUCGAUGCCAAUCAGCCUUACUUUUUUCUGAAUGAGACUUUGUAGGAAUGUUCCAAAUACUGAGCGUGUUUUGUAGCAGUUAUCAGACCGAACACGACGAUAUGAAUUUAAAAGUCACAGACGACACCCACCAAGAGUAAUUUUCAAGAUACAAUUUCUGAUUUUUGUGUUAAAGUAGUUUCCCUCAAAUCUCCUCCCAGCAGUUUAUUUCCACCAAACCAGAGUUGGUGAUUUGUUUUACAAUUGCAAGGUAAGAUUACUGGUUUGGGCAAUAGAGUCUGGUGGGCUCCAUUGCUUUAGUGCGAUAUCUGGAUUUCGUAAAUAUAACCUUUAAAUCUUGUUUUCACUUUGCAAUUUUUGAACAUUUUUGUUGAAUCUAAGCUUUUCCAUUUCAGCUUUUUUCUUCCUUUACAGAAUUUUGAUUUAAUAACCUUCCAUAUUGUACUUGACAUUCAGCAAUAUCCAAAUGUAGUUUCCAUACAGUUUCCUUUUUCACUUUUUAUUUAACAAUUUAUUCUAUGUAGUCACGCAGAAUAUUUUUUUGUUUUACAUUUUUUACUUUCCAUUACAUUUUUUACUUUUGGUUAAAAUAAACUGGGAGGGAAAUCUGGGACAGCGAGUGUUAUCGGGGAUCUUUAACUUAUGUAACAGUGAGUUUUGAGCAUUUUCUAUUUUUGCUGAAUUCUCUGUCAAGUUUGUCAGUUCAUUGUGUCAUUAAACAAAGUGUUUGAAAUGUAAA